AUGUCUGCUUCUUCGGCUUCCAUUAUCAAUACCUCAAUAUUCAUUCUCACGGGGUUCCCUGGCCUAGACCAGUACUAUCCCUGGUUUUCAAUUCCUUUCUCCUCCAUCUAUGCUAUCAUGUUCCUGGGAAACUGCCCGGUGCUGCAUGUGAUCCGGACAGAGCCGAGCCUGCACCAGCCCAAGUUCUACUUCCUGGCCAUGCUGGCCCUCACUGACCUGUGCAUGGAGAUGUCCACAGUGCACACGGUGCUGGGGGUCCAGAGGGGGCUCAGCCAAGAACUCAGUCGGGAUGUCUGCAUUGCCCAAACUUACUUCAUCCAUGGUUUGUCCUUCAUAGUGUCUGGAGUCCUUCUGGCGAUGGCCUUUGAUUGCUUCACUGCAAUCUGCAAUCCUCUGCACUACACAUCCAUCCUGACCAACAGUAGAGUCAUUCAUGUCGUGGUGGCCAUUUUGAUGAGAAGUGCAUUGCCCAUUCUCCCCAUCAUCAUUCGCCUGAAGUUCUUCCAUUACUGCCUCCCCCACAUCCUCUCCCACUCUUUCUGCCUGCACCAGGACCUACUCUGACUCGCCUGCUCUGACGUCCACUUCAACAGCUUCUAUGCCCUGGCUCUGGUCAUUUGUACCUUGUUGUUGGAUGCUGUGCUCAUUCUCAUCUCCUAUAUUUUCAUCUUGCAUACAGUGCUGGCAAUUGCAUCCCGGGAGGAGAGGCUCAAGGCCUUGCAGACCUGUGUGUCUCACAUCUGUGCCAUCCUGGUCUUUUACAUCCCCAUCAUUGGCCUCACCAUGGUGCACCGUUUUGGAAAGCAUCUCUCACCUUCCAUUCAUGUCCUUAUGGGCAAUAUCUAUAUUCUCUUCCCACCCCUGAUGAAUCCAAUCCUCUACAGUGUAAAAACCCAGCAGAUUCAAAGCAGGAUGAAGAAGUGGUUUUCUCUGAAAAUGUAG